CUUAAUCAACCAAAGAGUCAUUGUUUCUUGAUGUUAAGAAUAAUGAACACGAAUAUUUUAAUUUGUGUUUUAUUUUUAGUAUUGUUAGUAAAUUGCCAAAAUUUAUCGCGACAAAAACGUUUUCUAAUAUAUCCAACUGGAACUGCAAUGGGCCUAUUUCUUGCUGUAGCCGUGCCUAUCGAUUUACCAAGAAAAAAUGUUUUUGUUGCGUACAAUUUCGAAGCAAAUUAUUUAUUACCCACGAAUGAAACAAUCGAAGAAGGUGUAAAUUUGUUUACUGUUGAACAACAACCAUCCGAAGAAGCUCGAUCGAAUGUGGAACGAUUUAAUCGAACUAUUGCAUAUAAAAUAUUAGAACGAAAAAUUCAAACUCAUGGAUAUCCAGGACGAGAAUGCUUGUUGCGUACAAUUUGUGAGCUGUCAGCUUCUACACUUGAACAUAAUGGAGUUUUGGGUGAGUUGCUUCAUGUCAUUUUUUCACCAUCUACAUCAGAAGAUGAAAAGUUACCUCAAGAAUAUAAUCAGGCGGAAAUUGAUGGUAAAACACAUGGAAUUUGUAAAAAGUACAAUAGUUUGUGUGAAAUUAGUUUCAUGGAUUUGGUUACGUGGGUUGAUAAUUUGACAUAUAAAAAUUGAAAAAAUAAAUCAAAUAAUCAUUGCAUCACUUUGUUUGCAUUUCUUAUAAAAAUACAGGGUGUGUCAUAACAAAUAUUUUUAAC